GUGUCAUCGUCGCUCAGCGAAAUAUUAAACUAUCUCGUAUAUAUAAAUUCCAAUCAUCAAUAAUUGACAUAAUUGAUUUGGAAAUAAAAUAUAUGCCAAAUACAAUUUAUCCUGACUGGGAUCACUGGACUCCAAUUGAAUCACUAGACGGUCAUAUAUUUUCUGCAUACUUAGACACCCGCCCCGAAGUGAUUAUCGAAAAUUAUGAUUCUUAUGCGAAUAUUGUUUGGGCCGUAGUACGAAUCAUAGCAAUUUUACCCUCUGACACAAAGACUGAAGAAGUUGAAUGUAUUUUCAAAUUUGAAUCCGAAGAUCGUAAGAAUUUUUACAGAAAAAAAGCUGCGAGCAAAAUUAAAUUUCUUGAUGCCGGCUGGAAAUUGAAGUACUCGAGUGCAGUAGUAACUUGCGAUUUAACUCAUACGAAUUAUAAUAAUUAUGAUAUAUUUUAUCAAGAAAAAAAAUUACCGCAAUCCGUCGGAAUUGUUCAUAAAAAUUCAGACAAUACUUCUUUACAAUUAAUUGAUAUAAAUUAUCCGAAGCACGGAGUCAAUCAGCCAGACACGUUUUCAAAUAAAUUUAUGGCGCUUUGUGUUUCAGUUCUUCAUCAUAAAUUCGAUCGUCCUUUAGAACUGAUUGAAUUUAUUGAGUACUAUCGAUUGAUGGGAGUAAGUCAAUUUAUUUUUUAUAAUUCAUCAAUAUCAGAAAGUGUCAGUCGUGUGUUAAAACACUAUCGUGCAAUUGACUAUGAUUUAAUUAAAAUUUUACAAUGGAAUUUAUCAUCUUCAUACAUUUAUGAGCAAACUCUCAGAUUAGAAGGAUUAUACGCGGGAUUAAAUGAUUGUCUCUAUAGAAAUUCACUACACGAUUAUUUUAAAUAUCUCGGAGUAUUUAAUGUCGAUGAAUUUCUAGUUACAAAAAUUCAUAAAAAUUUUUCAAAUCUUAUGGAUUAUUUAGAUCCAUUGGAGUAUGAAGAGAAAAAUGGUAAUGCUGUGUCCUUUUUAUUUCAACAUAUUUUUUUUUAUACCAUGUAUCCUGACGAUGAAAAUAAUCUAGAUGAUAAAGAACCGUAUCUUUAUACAAAAGAAAAAAUUCAGCGACUGCGAGAUCCACAUGCAGCAGGUGUAAAAAGUAGAUACAUCAUUCGUACUCGCGAUGUUGUUGAAAUUGGCAAUUAUCAGUCUACUAAAUUACUCAAAGAUAAGUUUUACGAAGUGGUUGUUAGACCGGAUAUCGCACUUUUACACCAUUACGCUCCAUGUGAAGCAGAAGAAACGGGAUGCUAUUUGAAGCCAGUUGUAAUCGAUAGAACUGCUGUUAGAUUUACUGACAAACUGGGUAAAAAUGUUGCUAUCGCUUGUCGAAAAAUAUUCGAUAACAAACGAUGCCCUCAUCCUAGAAAACGUAUUCCUGGGGAAAUUAAUUCCUGAGUUGUUUAAAAAAUCUAGAAGUUUUUGAGAUAAAUUUAAAAAAUAAAAUGUGCAUUUACUCGAUAGGUUACAAAUUUUAAAUAUUAAUUCUAUUAUUAUUAUUAAUUAUUUUUUUACUUCUACAAGUGAGAGAUAAAUAAAAUUCUAAGUUAUUUUAAAUAAAAUAAAUGUAUGAGAAUCUCUUAGGAAAAUAAUUAUUGUACUGAAAAAACUUGAAAUAAAACUAUAACUAUAUUAUAAUAAUC